AUGAUAACAACAUUUAUCUUAUUCAAUUUUGCUGUGAUUCUAUCUGAAGCAACUACUGUUCAAUAUAAUUGGACUAUUCACUAUGCUAAGUACAAUCCCGAUGGUGUUUAUCAUGUUGUGAUUGCGAUUGAUGAUGGUGAUGGAAUUUUUAAUUUUCCUGGACCAACAAUUCGUGCUUGCAAGAACAAUAUCAUUCAGGUUAUGGUUCACAAUAAUCUCCCAAAUGAAUCAACAUCUAUUCAUUGA